AUGACAAGUCUUCUCAAUCUUCCUGUCACGGUCUUGAUGGACACAUUUGAGCUUCUCUGCCCCCAUGACCCUUCGAGCCGUGUAGCGCUCGCCAACUUGUGUUGCACUAACAAGUUUCUCAGUGCGAUCGCAACUCCGAUCCUUUAUCAUUUGGCUUACUAUCCAGAUAUAAACUAUCCUGAGGACCAGAUUACUGCCUUCUACCGCACCAUGCUUGUGGAGCGGCCAGAUCUUUGCCAACAUGUGCGCAGCAUACAUCUUCUAGAGAAAGAUCUUGACAGCCUACCUUCGGAGCUCGUCGAGGCAAUCAAAGAAAGAUUUGGUAUUGUGACCUUCACCCUACCGGAAGACGCCUCGCUCGUUCCACUAGACAGUGGUUACAGUUCCAGUCUUUCAGGACACAGAAUGUCGCUGCCGAUGUUGCUCACUCGCGGCUGCAUAGGACUACAAGAACUUUGCCUCGUGGUCGAUUUUAUGGACGACAUAAUUGGUUGCAUUCCGCUGAAGAUCCUUCCACGCCUCAAAACACUUAUCAUUACGAUGGAUGAGAGCGAAAACCAACUGGAUACACCGAGGUUGCAGACAAUCUCUCUGGCCUCCCCUAGCCUCGGGGUCUUGACAAUCUCGGGUCUUACAUUCUUCCUACCAAGCAAAAAUUGGGCCAAUCUCCGAGAGCUGACUCUGAUUUCCAGCUGCCUUGACAUUCAUGUUGUUAAGCUGCUACUGCAAGAGUGUCCCGUACUGGAGAGUUUUGCCUACGAGAUGGAGGUCUACGAUGAGCGUCCACUUGAUUCGCCACAUACAUACCCUUGCGACCUCGUUAGGGCAAUCUCAGAGCAUACAAGCAAGACGCUUCGCUCGCUGAACCUGAACCUCCGGCAUUUCUGGUCAGGAUGGUACUUUGAUGAGCCGGCUGAGGCAAUGGGGAACUUCCGGAGUCUGAAAUCGCUGGAGCAUCUCGAAGUGGGCCUCGAGAGUCUUCUAGGAAACACCUCCAUGGAAGAUGACCAAGACAAGGUACUCUGUCUGUUUUCCUGGACGUUGCCGGCUCGGAUCCACUCGGUCACGAUUGAAGCCUCCCGUGAGGUGGACUCCAGGUUGUUGGGACUAACCCUUGACUACCUUACGAAGGUCUGCAGCGAAGAAUUCCCCGAGUUGGAGACCAUUGUUGUUCGAGGAACUUAUAGCGGGUUUAAAUUAGCAGGGGUAUCAGAGUUGAUUUCGAGCUUUGGAGAAAGCGGAGUAAGUCUUGAACUGCGUCAUGAGCCCGCCCUAGUUGAGCAGUCAAGCGGCGAUCAGACCCAAGUAUUGGAGCAGGAAUGA